CGCUGUCCUCAUUUCCGAGAAAAGCUGAGACGAGGAACGUAAUCAACUUUCAAAUCUCCCAGGUAGUCAAUAUCCAUCACGGAAACAUGAGCAACACAAGGUCUACUGGUUUGCAACCUGGACAAAGUGCCUCAAGAUCCCCACAGGGGGGCAUGCCAAAGCCCUCAGAUAGCUUAGAACUGGUACAGGAAUGCUUGAACCAAUUCAGAGUGACAAGGACACAGUUGCAGCAGAUCCAAGCCAGUUUUCUGUGCUCCAUGGAACAGGCCCUGGAGGGCCAGGACAGUCCCGCCCCUUCUGUCCGGAUGUUGCCCACAUAUAUGGGGUCCAUGCCAAAUGGCACUGAGCAGGGAGACUUCCUGGUAUUGGAGCUGGGGACUAAAGGACCCUCACUGCGUGUGUUGUGGGUGACACUGACAGACACCGAAGAACAGAGAGUGGAGCCUAAGAGCCAGGAGUUUGUGAUCCCUCAAGAGGUGAUGCUAGGUACUGGCGAGCAGCUCUUUGACUUUGCUGCCCACUGCCUGUCUGAAUUCCUGGAUGCACACACCUUGAAGAAUCAGGAUCUGAAGCUUGGGUUCAAUUUCCCUUUUCCUUGUCACCAGACGGGCUUGGACAGGAGCACCCUCAUUUCCUGGACAAAAGGCUUUAGGUGCAGUGGUGUGGAAGGCCAGGAUGUGGUCCAGCUGCUGAGAGAGGCCAUUCAGAGGCAGAAGGCCUACAGGGUUGACGUGGUGGCCAUGGUGAAUGGCACUAUGGGCAUCAUGAUGGACUGUAAAUGUGGCACCAAGCCUUGUGAAGUGGGGCUUAUUGUAGACACUGGCACCAAUGCAUGUUACAUGGAGGAAGCACGGCACGUGAAAGCUCUGGAUGAGGACCGCGGCCGCACCUGCAUCAGCAUCGAGUGGGACUCCUUCUAUGAUGAGGAGGCCCUCGGGCCAGUCCUGACCACCUUCGACCAUGCCCUGGACCGCGAAUCCCUAGAUCCUGGUGCUCAGAGGUUCGAGAAGAUGAUUGGGGGCUUGUACUUGGGUGAACUGUUGAGGCUGGUGCUAGUCCACUUGGCCCAGCAUGGGAUCCUCUUUGGCGGCUGCACCUCUCCUGCCCUACUGAGUCAAGGCAGCAUCCUCCUGGAACAUGUGAUCACAAUGGAGGACCCCGACACUGGGAAAGCCCAGAUCUAUGCAGUGCUGAAGGACUUGGGUCUGAGACCUCAGGUCUCAGAUAUUGAAUGCGUGCAGCAUGUGUGUGUGGCGGUGUGCACACGGGCUGCCCAGCUUUGUGCAGCUGCCCUGGCUGCAGUCCUAUCCCGUCUCCAGCGCAGCAGGGAGCAGCAGACACUGUGUGUGGCCGUGGCCACUGGAGGCCGAGUGCUUGAAAGACACCCCAGGUUCCACCACACUCUAAAGGAGAUGGUAAUGCUCUUGGUCCCAGAAUGUGAUGUCUCUUUCAUCCCCUCUGUGGAUGAUGGUGGCCGGGGUGUGGCAAUGGUGACAGCUGUGGCUGCCCGCCUGGCUGCCCACAAGCGCAUCCUGGAGGAGACCCUGGCACCAUUUCAGCUGAGCUUCGAGCAGCUGAAAAUGGUGCAGGCACAGAUGCGGACAGCUAUGAUCAAGGGGCUUCAAGGAGAAGCCUCCUCCCUCCGCAUGCUGCCCACUUACGUACGAGCUACACCCGAUGGCAGUGAGCGAGGUGAUUUCCUGGCCUUGGACCUAGGGGGCACCAACUUCCGGGUCCUGUUGGUACGUGUGGCUGAGGGCAGUGUACAGAUCACCAACCAGAUCUACUCUAUCCCUGAACAUACAGCCCAGGGCUCUGGAGAGCAGCUCUUUGAUCAUAUCGUGGACUGCAUUGUGGAUUUCCAGCAGAGUCAGGGUCUGAGUGGACAGAGCCUACCCAUGGGAUUCACCUUUUCCUUUCCGUGCAAACAGCUUGGUCUGGACCAGGCCAUUCUCCUGAACUGGACUAAGGGGUCAGUGCAUCAGCGCUGCGAGGGCCAAGACGUGGUCUAUCUAUUACGGGAAGCCAUUAGGCGUAUGCAGGCAGUGGAGCUGGAUGUGGUUGCCAUUGUCAAUGACACUGUGGGGACCAUGAGUGUCCGUGGCUAUGAUGAUCCGUUUGAGAUAGGCCUCAUUGUCGGAACGGGCACCAAUGCCUGCUAUAUGGAGGAGCUCCAGAAUGUGGCAAGUGUGGAUGGGAACUCGGGCCACAUGUGCAUCAACAUGGAGUGGGGGUGCCUUGGGGACGAUGGCUCACUGGGCAUGUUCCUCACCAGCUUUGAUGAUAGUGUGACCAGGCAAUCCAUCAAUCCAGGCAAACAGAGGUUUGAGAAGAUGAUCAGCGGGUGUACCUGGGGGAGAUUGGUCCGCCGUAUCCUCCUGCAUUUAACCGGUCUCGGCGUUCUCUUCCGGGGCAAGACGACUCAAAGCCUUCAGACCAGGGACAUCUUCAAGACCAAGUUUCUCUCGCAGAUUGAAAGUGACGGCCUGGCCCUGCGUCAGGUCCGAGCCAUCCUGGAAGAUCUGGGGUUGCCUCUGACCUCUGACGAUGCCCUGGUGGUCCUAGAGGUGUGCCAGGCUGUGUCUCGGAGGGCUGCCCAACUCUGCGGGGCAGGUGUGGCUGCGGUGGUGGAAAAGAUGCGGGAGAACCGGGGCCUGCAGGAGCUGACAGUGUCCGUGGGCGUAGAUGGGACACUCUACAAAUUACACCCUCACUUCUCCAAGCUGGUGUCAGCUACAGUUCAGAAGCUAGCCCCUCACUGCAAGGUCACCUUUCUGCAAUCAGAGGAUGGGUCUGGUAAAGGUGCAGCCUUGGUCACUGCUGUUGCCUGUUCGCCUUGCCCAAACAGAGUCUGAGGGAAUAUCCAAGAACGAUGAGGUCUCACCAGACUGAGACCUCAGCCUAGCCUGAUCCCUGGCAGGCCCAACCACCCGUGACCCCCCAAAGCAAGCCAUGUGUGACCCCUUAUAAACAAUCUGUCCACACCCAA